AUGGGUGUCACCCCGAUCCACGUCAUCCACCCGCCCGGUCUCCCCGCCCUCAAAAUAGUCUUCAAAAAUGAGUCGGCGUCAACGACAGGCUCUCUGAAGCAUCGAUACGCGUGGGCGUUGAUGUCGUGGGCACUUCUGGAAGGACACGUCAAAAAUGGGACACAUGUGAUCGAGGCGUCUUCAGGGAACACUGCAUGCUCACUCGGAUAUAUGUGUCGGUUGUUGGGAUUGAAGUUUACCGCUGUGGUGCCCGACACUAUCGAACUUGUCAAAGUGCAACGAAUCGAGGAGCAAGGCGGAUCUGUAGUUCGGGUGCCGAUUUCUGAUAGGUAA